GUGACAAGGGAGGAGGAGGCGGGACAGUCGGCCGGAAAGAGGUGGGAAAGAAAUCUUCGCUGAUUGGUUGUUUCCUCCGACACCUGGGCGGGACUGUGGCGACUAUUGGCUGACGUAUGUUGAAUGAUGCCAAUUGUAGGCGUGGCUAGUAGGUUCUAGAAAUAUAGGUGGGGGGCGCCUGUCCUGAUCCUAGAGGUCCUGCCCGCCCCCCACCAUGGGCAACGCCGCUACGGCCAAGAAAGGCGGCGAGAUCGAGAGUGUGAAAGAAUUCCUGGCCAAAGCGAAAGAAGACUUCCUAAAGAAAUGGGAGAACCCAGCUCAGAACACGGCUCACCUGGACCAGUUUGAGCGCAUUAAGACACUGGGCACGGGUUCAUUCGGUCGUGUGAUGCUGGUCAGACAUAAGGAGAAUGGUCAUCACUAUGCCAUGAAGAUCCUGGAUAAGCAGAAGGUGGUAAAGUUGAAGCAGAUUGAGCACACGCUUAAUGAGAAGCGGAUCCUACAGGCUGUGAACUUCCCUUUCCUUGUGCGCUUGGAGUAUUCAUUUAAGGACAACACAAAUCUGUACAUGGUGAUGGAAUAUGUAGCAGGGGGUGAGAUGUUCUCUCACCUGCGUAGGAUCGGACGCUUUAGUGAACCUCACGCCCGCUUCUACGCGUCCCAGAUUGUAUUAACCUUUGAAUACCUGCACUCCCUGGAUCUUAUAUACAGAGACCUGAAGCCAGAGAAUCUGCUUAUAGACCAGCAAGGCUACAUACAGGUAACAGAUUUCGGCUUUGCCAAGAGAGUAAAGGGAAGAACUUGGACUCUGUGUGGGACCCCGGAGUACCUGGCCCCUGAAAUCAUCCUCAGCAAGGGGUAUAAUAAAGCCGUGGACUGGUGGGCUCUUGGUGUCCUGAUAUAUGAAAUGGCCGCAGGUUAUCCGCCAUUCUUUGCUGACCAGCCUAUACAGAUCUAUGAGAAGAUCGUAUCUGGGAAGGUGCGCUUCCCCUCACACUUCAGUUCUGAUUUGAAGGAUCUCCUCAGAAACCUCUUGCAGGUCGAUCUUACCAAGAGAUUUGGCAACCUAAAGAAUGGCGUGACAGACAUCAAGGGUCAUAAAUGGUUCAGCACCACAGACUGGAUUGCAGUCUAUCAGAAGAAGGUGGAGGCUCCCUUCAUACCGAAGUGUAAGGGCCCGGGCGACACCAGUAAUUUUGAUGAUUAUGAAGAAGAAGAAAUCAGAGUCUCCAUUACAGAUAAGUGCGCCAAAGAAUUCUCUGAGUUCUGAAGAGCGCGUGGAGAGGAGGAACCAUUACCCAAGACCUCCUGAGAUCAAGCGAGACCGAUGGAGAGAACGCCGCUGACCGGCACACAAACUUCUCCUUCCCUUUCACACUUCCCACCUCUCUAGCUUUUAUUAGUGGUGCAGAAUCGACUUGGCGGCCAUCUUAUUUUACCUGGAUCUGGUGGUGCUGGUUUCGAUUUGGUCCUGGAGAAUUCCCCCCCAAUCUCUGUCAUCCCCACUUCCCUCACACUUGCUUCUCUCCUUGACAGAUCAGAGGGGCCAAGAAAGUUAUUUAAAUGUGACUGGUUCCUCUAGGGUGGAGUCAGAACCUUAGGGGCGGGGCCUAUAUCCUUCAGGAUGCGGCCUAUGUUAAUUUUUGUUAAAAAAUUUUUUUCUUUUUUUUUUUUUUUUAACCAUUUUCAUCUGAAGAGCUUGGCUACUGGUUUUUAAUCAUUUAGUUUAAAUAGUUUAUAAAUAUUGAACUGUUUUAAUCUGAAUUCUCUUCCUUGCCAAUCACUAUCCCAUUGCCCAGCUUUCCUUGUCCUAGAAUGACUUUUAAACUGAAGUGCCAGUUUUUACCCAGCCCCACCCAUCCCCCCCCCCCACCUAAACACACCCAUCCCCCCCACCUCACACUACUGUUUGGCUCACGUACCCACAUUUUUGCCUCUGGGUUAACCCCUUUCUCCCAUCAUUGAAGCCAUAACCUUCUUCUGGUAGGUCCAAUCAUAUCUUUAUUGGCUGCCUACCGAGUAACUCUACCGGAAGUGGAAGGAGGGUGUGGUGGUUGUAGUAGAGGGACGUAUUAGGUGCUUCGCUGGUCAGAAUGAAGUUUGGUCACAUGAUUUACAGGAAGCGGGUCCUUACAGCGUGUUCGUGGGGCUUUGACAUAAAAGCCUUCGUCACCUGUUUAGUCGGGUCCUGGAGCGAUCUACUUUACACAGGGAUAACUUGCUUCUUACUUGCUUCUUACUUGCCUCGACUCCAGGCAAUAAGGAAUUACCUUUUUUAGUGUUGGCAUGAGCUGCCUGGUUGCCAUCCGUCUUGGUGACUUGCUUACAGUGUAGUUGGGCAUUGACAGAUUUUAAGUUAUUCACAUGCAAACGACUUUUGUUAGGCUUUGCUUAGUCCAUGGACUGAAGUAAGAUCAGGGGAUACAGCGAGGGCAUCUUCAGGGGUUAACCAGGUCUGAGCACGAUUGCUUAGAUGAACUGUGUCCGUCCCUUUACAUGGGCUUUUUGGUUGGAAAUCACUGCUUCUUUCUUCCGAAAACAGUGCCACAUAUGUCCACAGGUUUUGUGUGGUGUUGCAGCUCAGACUUAAAGGGGCACUCUGGUGGAAAACUUUUUAUUUUAUUUUAUUUUUUUCCUGCCAGAAAGUUAAACAGAUUUGUUAAUUACUUCCAUUAAAAAAAAAAAAAAAAAAAAAA